AUGAGCAACCCUAAGCUGCGGGUAGAUGUCGUCAGCGCCUAUAAUAUUUUGCCUACGGAUGGGCAAGGCUCAUCCAAUGCCUUUGUGGAGCUUAACUUUGAUGGUCAGAGGCUCCUUACCACCACUAUAGAAAAGAAUCUUAAUCCAGAUUGGAAUGAAAGCUUCUGCUUCAACAUUUUUGAUCCUUUGAAUUAUCACAACCUUACUCUCGAUGCAUGUGUCUACAGUAGUGCCACAGCUACCUCCUCAAGAUCGUUUAUUGGAAAGAUUAGCCUAACUGGGAAUUUAUUUUGCUCUUAUUCUGAUGCUGCUGUUACGCAUUACCCUUUGAUUAAAAAGCGUCGCCUCUCAUGGUCUUCUGUAAGAGGAGAGCUCGGCCUAAAGGUUUAUGUUACUGACGACCCAUCAAUUAGGCCCUCCACCCCAAUUGCUGUUGUUGGAGCCCUAGGUACUAUGGAUCCAAGCGUAGCUCAUGGAUCGAAUCAAGGAGUUUCAAAUCCCGUGACGAACACUUCUCCAAAUGCAGAAGUUGAGAUACCACGUCUCCGUAAUCCAAGUCAUGGCCACCAACUUUUGCUGGAGUAUGCUCCUGCUGAUGGGACUGCCAGCGGCGCUAUUGUGGAAGCUGGGACAAGGCACAACUUUCCUCAAAUUCCUAAUCCAAGCCAACUUCUGCUGGGGUAUGCUCCUGCUGAUGAGACUGCCAGCACCGCUAUUGUGACUUCCAGCACCGCUAUUGUGGAAGCUGAGAGAGGGCGCAACUUUCGUCAUGCUUCUACUCCUGCUGAUGAGACUGCCAGCACCGCGAUUGUGACUUCCAGCACCUCUAAUGUGGAAGCUGAGGGAUCCGAGACCAGGCGCACCUCUCAACGUAUUUCUAAUUCAAGUAGUAACAGCAGCCAACCAUCGAAUAUGAGUGAUGCUGCUGCUGAUGAGGCUGCAAAUGAGACUACAAGCACCUCUAAUAAUUCGGAAGUUGGGACAAGGCCCACCUGUCGUCAUUCUCCUAAUCCAAGUUAUGACCGCCAACGCCAACAACAUCCUCCAGUUGCUCCAGAAGUUUACGAUAAUGCAUUUAAGUAUGAAGCCCAUGAAUUUUCACUUACAGAGACAAGCCCUAAACUUGGAGGUGGAAGAGUUGCUAGUGGCCGUGUUAUUCAUGGAGAGAAGACUGCAAGUGUCUAUGAUCUAGUUGAACAGAUGUAUUUUUUGUAUGUAAGGGUUGUUAAGGCUCAUGAUCUUCCUGCCAUGGAUGUUACAGGAAGGCUUGCUCCAUAUACUGAGGUACGAGUUGGCAAAUAUAAAUGGUUUACCAACUACUAUGAAAAGGAACAAAAUCCAGUAUGGAAUGAGGUUUUUGCCUUUUCAGGGGAUCGGCUAAAAUCAUCUGUCUUAGAAGUCUUGGUUAGGGACAAUGAUGCUGAUAGGGAUGAUCAUGAAUUUGUGGGGAUUGUAAAAUUUGACAUCCCUGACGUUCCAUUGCGAGUCCCUCCUGAAUCUGAUAAUCCUCUUGCUCCACAAUGGUAUCGGAUUGAAGACAAUACAGGCCAUAAAGCUAGCGGUGAGCUAAUGCUCGCAGUCUGGUUUGGCACCCAAGCAGAUGAGGCUUUCCCCGGUGCAUGGCAUUCUGAUAAUGCAAGCAGUCGUGUUGAUAUCAGACUACUUACCUCCACAGUGCUAGGCUCAAAGGUCUAUCAUGCACCAAGGUUGUGGUAUUUACGUGUUAAUGUUAUCGAGGCACACAACCUGUUUAUAGACGACAAGAAUCGUUUCCCAUAUGCUUAUGUCCAGGUAAAAAUAGGAAACCAGGUUUCGGUAACACAAAAAAUUCAGGCCCAAAAUCUAAACCCCCUUUGGAAUGAAGAUCUUUUUCUUGUCGCUGCUGAACCCUUUGAAGAUCAUCUAAUCAUUUCUGUUUACGAUCAUGUGUCUCCUAGAAAAGAUGAAAUCAUUGGGAGGGUCACAAUAACGCUGCAAUCUGUCGAUAGGCGUGCUGAUGAUAGUAUGAUCCGUGGCCGAUGGUAUAAACUGGAAAAGCCAGUGGCUGUGGAUCAAAACGAGUCGGAAAGAGAAAAAUUAUCAUCCAGCAUCCAUCUCCGACUUUGUCUAGAGGGAGGAUACCAUGUCGCCAAUGAAUCACCUCAUUAUAACAGUGAUUUACGACCCUCAUCAAAGAAGCUAUGGAGGCCAUCAAUUGGGGUUUUAGAGCUCGGAAUCUUGGAUGCUGUAGAGCUUCAUCCAAUGAAAACACGUGACGGAAGGGGCACAACAGAUGCAUACUGCGUAGCAAAGUAUGGUCAUAAAUGGUUCCGGACAAGAACCAUUGUUGGGGAACUGUGUCCAAGAUAUCAUGAACAAUACAUAUGGGAGGUUUUUGAUGUUGCUACGGUUCUUACUGUAGGUGUAUUUGACAACAACCUACAGUUUGGGAAUGGCUCCAGACACGCGAUGAUUGGGAAGGUUCGAAUUCGUAUCUCAUCACUGGAAGCAGGCCGUGUAUACACACACCGAUAUCCACUGCUGGCUGUUCAUCCGUCAGGUGUUAAGAAGAUGGGGGAGUUGCAUUUGGCAGUUCGAUUUUCUUGCACCUCUUUUGUUAAGACGCUUUACUCCUACUCACAGCCGCAGAUGCCCAAGAUGCACUACUUAAGGCCCAUCACGGCGGCGCAGCUUGACAUGUUAAGGAUGAUUGCUCUUUACCUAGUCAAAGCACAUUUUUCUCGAGCUGAUCCUCCACUGACAAGGGAAGUGGUGGAAUACAUGUGUGAUGGGAACUGCCAUUUGUGGAGCAUACGACGGAGUAGAGCAAAUUUCUUUAGGCUAGCGACAGCUUUGUCCGGAGUCAUUUCUGCAGGCAAAUGGUUUUGGGAAAUUUGCAUGUGGAAGAAUCCCAUAAUGACAGUUCUUGCCCAUGUUUUCUUCCUCAUGCUCGUUUGCUUCCCGCAACUAAUUCUGCCCACGGCUUUUCUUUGCAUGGUUCUAUCUGGGUUAUGGAACUUCCACUUCCGGGCUAGGUGUCCUCCCCACAUUAACAUAAAGCUCUCACAACUUGAACUCGUGAACCUUGAUGAGCUGGAUGAGGAAUUCUGCACGUAUCCAACGAGCCAGAAUAUGGAGCUGGUGGGAAAGAGGUAUGAUCGGCUGAGGAGCAAUGCUAGUAGCGUUCAGGCUCUAGUGGGUGAUAUGGCUAGUCUCGAGGAGCGAUUUCAGUUGCUGUUAAGCUGGCGAGACCGGCGUGCCACAGUCCUCUUCGUAACAUUUUGCAUUGCAGUUACCUUUGUGUUGUAUGUGACACCAUUCACGGCGGUGGCUGCAUUCGCAGGGUUGAUUGUCAUGAUGCCUCCCAGAUUUCGCCAUAUGUUGCCGACAGCAGCAUUUUUCAACUUCUUCAGCGGGCUGCCUACUAAGACUGAUACUAUAUUUUGA